CCUAAGCCACAGCUCCUCCCCUCUCCCCUGCAUGGGUGCUGGUUGAGAUGGAGCUGAAUUGUGCAGGGUGAGGUGCCCCCAAUCCUGUCACCCACCAGUUUCACUUAGGGACCCAUGAGGUCACUGGUUUCUCAGCAGUCAUCAGCACAUAGGAAACAUGAAAAAGGAACUGCAGAAAAAAAGGAGAGGAGGCAGAGAUCCCGGCAGAGAUGAAGUCAUGGUAAAUCUGCUCCCACUGUGCUGAAAAGGGACCCGACAGGGAGAGGAAGUCUGCAGAUAGCCCACACCACCACCACAACAUGACUUUCACCAUGGUACUGCAUGUCUCAGCUCUGCUCCUGCUGCAAGGGGAUUUUCCGGGAGCUGGCAGUGAAACCAUAACCCUACAGGAAGGAGAGGACCUGAACCUCCGUUGUACCCUCAGCGGUGAUGGCAGAGCCACCAGGCAGUGGCUAAACCCCCGUGGGUUUACCAUUUUCCUUGACAAUCACUGGGCCUUAAGAGAUCUGAGGUACAAACUUACCCAUUAUUCAGAGGAUGAACUGUCUAUCAGACUCUCUAACGUAACAGUGCGUGAUGAAGGCAUAUAUAAAUGCUUCUACUACAGCACACCGUUCAAAAGCAAGAUGACAACAGUUGAGGUGUUAGCUGCUCCUUCUAAGCCUGUACUGCAAGUAUCCCAAGACACAGAAGGAAGCAUUACAUUAUCUUGCUAUACCCAAGGAUGUAAACCACAACCCCAGGUUACCUGGCUGUUGGAUAAUGGAAUACAGCUUCCGGGUGACACCAGGCACAAGUUAGAAGCCGACAGGAAGAAAUGGACCACAACCAGCACCCUCACAGUCCUGGCAUAUGGGCCCAACUCAACAGCCAGCUGCCUCGUUCACCACAAAGCACUGGGAGGAGGGAAGCUGACAGCAUCUUUCCAGUUCGAGGACGUUGCCAGGACAGUGACAAACACAACUCCUGUGUCAACUACGCUAGAGGUGGAUACGUAUGUCUCUGAGUAUGUGCAGCCUACAGCGACCACAGCAGAGUCAGGUCUGAACAGCAAUACAGACUUCUCGCCAAGCUACCCACAACAUAAUGGGCCCGGAGCAACAACAUCAGCUGCAGGGCCCAGAGCAACAACAUCAGCUGCAGCAGGAGAGCUGUCUGGUACCUCUGCUCACCACAUCCCUAAUGGCACUGAAACAGCACUCAAUGGCACAGUCACAGAGCAACUUUUCAGGACAGAAGCCUCCUUUCCAAGUGAAAACGUAACUCUGAUUUCCACCGUCACCGCUGAGAAAGGUGUGAAAUCUGAAGGCAUGAGUAAGAAGAAGAAGGAUUUCCUGCUGCCACUCUUGGUGGCAGUUCUCAUUGUCGUGCUGCUCAUCAUCGUAGUGCUUUUUGCAUGGAAGCUGAAAAAAGCUCAUGGAGUUUGGAAGAGAGAAAAUGAUACUUCAGACCAGACUUUGGAGAGUUAUAAAUCCAGAUCUAACGAAGAAAGCCCAGGCCAUGAGAAGAAGAGACAAGCUGUCAAUCAGAAAUCCAAUGUGCAGUAUGUAACAGAAGGAUAUGUGGAAGCAACACAGAAGAAUCCAAGUGAGAAAAACACUACAAUACCCGAGGAACAGUUUGCAUGUGGAAAAGAAACAGAUGUAUAGCAAAGGAAUCCUCCUAGCAAGCCUAUAAAAUGUACAGAAACACCACUGUUUUCUGGUAUUUAUGUUUCAGCAUUCACAAAUCAGUAUGAUUUCAGGAAGCAGACAUACAAACAGUUGAAAUCCCAAAGACAAUUCGGAUUGUUUUCCUCUGAAGAUUGGUAGAUAGGGACAGUGCUCCUACAUAUCUAUUCAUACAUAUGAAAACCGGCUUAGCUGCAGUCCUCAAAGGAUUUAAUUCACAGUUGGACUACGUGAUUUUAAUGAUCUUUUCCAACCUUUAUGAUUCCAUGAGAAUCAAUCACUGCCAGAAAUACAGGUCCUCAAUCCACCCUAAUUGCUAUUAAGGUCCUGGCAAGGAAAUUUGCAAUUAGUCCCAAGGAACACAGGAUAUGCAGAUAGUCAGCACCACUUCUGCCACUUCCCCUGCAAGCACAGGACUGACCAGGAAACUUUAGGUGAUGGAAACCAAUCGGGACUUCUAACAUCACAUCCUGACAACCAAACCUGGGCACCCAGCUGUAUUUAGCCAAACAUCCAGAUGUCAGAGGCAUCUAAAAACAACAUGGCUGUCCUCUAUGGAAAUCUCAAGUUGACAAAGGAGAAGAGGAACCACAUGGUGGGACUCUGCAACCCAGGGGUGAAUGCACUUGCCUGUGGUGAGCAAGCUGUGAGAAGCAGCAGGACAUUCCUUUCGCACAGCAACUCAGUGAUGUUAGCAGGGAGCUCUUCUGCAGGAACCUUGUGCUGUGGUUCUGUAAGGCACAACCAGGCCCCUGAAAUAAAGGGAAUGCUCUACACGAGAAAGCUGUAUUUAUUCUUCUCAUAAGGGAUGAUUAUUCCUCACCAGACUUUAUUCUGCAAACUGGUCUUGGAUAUCAAAUUAAGUAAAUGCCUUUGAAGUGACUGCUAGAAAUAUUUCGUUUUUAUGUGGAAAAAUGAAAACAUUACUUCAUUUCAGGAGGUUGUGGAUGCCCCAUCCCUGGAGGCAUUCAAGGCCAAGCUGGACAUGGUUCUGGGCAGCCUGGUCUGGUGGUUGGUGACCCUGCACCUAGCAGGGGGUUGGAACUAAAGUAUCAUUGUGGUCCUUUUCAACCCAGGCAAUUCUAUGAUUCUGUAAUUUUUGAUCUGGGGAGAGUAAGCAUUUUGUAUACAAACAUAGAUCUACCUGGCAGCUCACAGUGCAGAGCCCGGGCCAGGAACAAGAGGAACAAACACCAACAUCAAGUGUUUGCUUUGCACGUAUGAAACGUACAGAAAAAAACUGCCUUUGCAGAUGCAAUCUGUGCACAGGGAGGAAGCACAGCCCUCCCUUCGGCUGCGCCCCUCAGCGCCCCUCAG